UGCAGUAUGGGCUGUAUCCUUGACAACAUACAGCAGAGGCAGUUUACAGAAGACUGGCCUGCCCACUUUUUCCUGCUACUGACAACAACACAAUUCUUUAGUUGUUCCGGGUUUGUAGGAAAUGGGAGCGUCAGUGGGAUCAUGGAGACGUAACUGAAGCAAACCAAGUUACUGUUUUCACAAAAUCAAACAAGGAUAAGACAUUAAGGCCAUGGUUACCACCUCCCCGUUCCUGUUUUGUUGCCUUCUGGCUCUUUCUGUUGCCGUAGUGUCAACAGAAAACUGGAAUUUGACUUUGACCGUCACCUCAAGCAACCCAUCAACAACAACAAUAAGAACACCAGGAUUAAACCUAACGCCCACUGUAGUGCCAACUGCUGCCACAGACAUGACACAGAACACAACUGUAUUCAACAACAGUACUGACCGCUACACGGCAUUCACAGAGGACAUGAAUGUUACAACAGCAGGCACAAGUCAGUCCACUGUGACCACAACGUACACUCCAACGCUUACUGCACUCACAACAAAGACAAUCCAGACAGCAGUAACUGACUCAAGUACACUGAAUACCACAGUAGUCCCACCUGCAGCAUCAUCUGCCACUGUCAACAGAACAUCAGAGUCACAAGUUUUGGGACUGAAUACUUCAGAAAAGAGCAUGACUAUAUUUUUCAGCGUUGUACUGGGACUGUUUGGUGUGGCUUUAGUUCUGUUAAUGUAUCACAGAUGCAAACAGAAAAUCCAAUAUUUCCAUCAGCCCCUUGACAACACUGAAGACACAGAUCAGUUUGUAACCGAUGACGACACGCUCAUCAUUUCUGGAGGACUUUAUGAUGGUCAUUCACUGUCUGCCAAUCCAGAAGCAGCCACAAGGGAACAACCUCAACUCCGCCUCGAGUUUCUACAUGAAGACUAAAAUCCUGCAGUUCGACAUGUCUCCUCUGAUGCAAAACAACUAAUUACUGAAUGAAAACAAUGAAUGUUUCUGUUUAUUUCAUGAAUGAAUUUUCAAGAUUGUGAAACUCUUAAUUCAACACUUUGGAUUGAUGAAGAAAAGUAAAAUAAUAAGAAAUAAUGACAA